AAAGCAACGGAUCCCAGCAGAUCCAAGGAACCUAUCAUGGGCAGAUAAUGCUGCACGAUUCGGCCAGGCCUACCUCUCCAAGAUGGGAUGGGAUCCGUCCAAGGGCCUCGGGGCGUCUGGGGACGGGAUGAAGUCGCAUUUGAAGGUGACGCACAAGUUGGACAUGCUGGGUAUUGGGGCGGCGCAUCAGAAAGACCCCCAUGGGAUUGCGUGGAAGCAGAAUAAGGAUUUUGAGAAUUUGUUGAGGAGGUUGAAUGAGAAUGCGGGUAAGGAGGAAGAGGGGAAGGAGGGGAAGGGGGAAGUGUUGGAGGAUGAGCGGGACGGGCAGGGUGAGGGUGGUAGUUCUAAAGUGGACGAGGAGGGGCAGGUCGACGAGGAUAAAGUGGUAGUGAGAAAAGAGAUAAGGAAGUGAAGAAGAC